CGCGACAACACGCGCCGACCAAGUAAAUUGCCAGCAACCAACACCACGACAACGAUGACGGCGGCACGAAGCGAUUCCGCGACUUGUAUCCCCCCGGCAAGUGGUGUGGCCACGUCGAGACACGAGGAGCACCAGUAUCUCGACCUCGUUCGCGAGAUCCUCGAUCAUGGCGAGCUUCGACGAGACCGAACCGGCACGGGCACCUACUCCCUCUUCGCCGAGCGGCUCAAGUUCAGCCUCAACCGGGACGGCACGCCGAUCCUCCCCCUCCUGACGACGAAGCGCGUCUUCCACCGCGCCGUCAUCGCCGAGCUGCUGUGGUUCAUCGAGGGCAGCACGUCAUCGCUGCCGCUGAGCGCCGCGGGCGUCAAGAUCUGGGAUGGCAACGGGUCGCGCGAGUUCCUCGACGGCCUGGGGCUGACGCACCGCGCCGUCGGCGACCUCGGCCCCGUCUACGGCUUCCAGUGGCGCCACUUUGGCGCCGAGUACGUCGACGCCGGGACCGACUACGCCGGGCAGGGCGUCGACCAGCUGGCGGAUAUCAUACACAAGCUGCGCACGAACCCCUACGACCGGAGGCUGGUGCUCACGGCGUGGAACCCGAGCGACCUGAAGAAAAUGGUCCUGCCGCCGUGCCACAUGUUUGCCCAGUUCUACGUGUCGUUCCCGCGGUCGAGGGACUCGAGGGCAGCAGCAGCAGCGGACGAGCCGCCGGAGGGAGACACCAAGCCAAAGGGCCACCUGCACUGCCAGCUGUACCAGCGGUCGUGCGACAUGGGCCUCGGGGUGCCGUUCAACAUCGCCAGCUACGCGCUGCUGACGCACAUGGUCGCGCACGUCUGCGACCUCGUUCCCGGGAGCCUGACGCACGUCAUGGGCGACGCGCACGUCUACCUCGACCACGUCGAGGCCCUCGAGACGCAGCUGGACAGGGAGCCGCGGGAGUUCCCCGAGCUCGAGAUUGCGCGCGACAAGGGCGGGAGUAUUGAUGGUUGGAAGGUGGAGGAUUUCGUUAUUAAGGGGUAUAAUCCCCACAAGUCGAUUCCGAUGAAGAUGUCUGUAUGAGGUCUUGGGGUUUUUUAUUUCAUAUGUCCUGUUUUCUCUCUUCCCUGGUUUUGGGGGAUACUCCUAGGCGAUGAUUGUAUAUUUGUGGUCCUUCUCCUGGCACACGUCGCUCUGCCUCGAUGCGCUGCCUAGGGACUGGAGCGAAACAAGGGGCAGGCAAUCAAGGACAAAGAAGGCAUUGUACUGUACACCGGCGUUGUGGCAAUUGUUCUUGGACGAAUAGCCUAGGUUUUGUAUUUACCAGAAGUUGUGGACCCUGGGAGCCUCGGUCCAUCUAAGAGCUAACAAUGGACACCAUCUAAAGGG